AUGGCAGCAGUCAAUGGAUACACGAGGGAGCAAAGUCCACUGAGCCCCCCGGAAAUGCAGCGAACAAACACGGGUAGAGUGGCUUCGAUCACACGGACUGGUAUGGCGAUGAUAACCCUCACCACCGAGCGCUUGAUUGACAAUAAAACUGCAGCCAUCCCUCCAGAUCAGUCGCCAACAACCGAAAAUGCCGCUUGGUCAUCAGCCAUAGGUCAUGCCAAUACAGGAAAAUCAGGCCGAGUAAUCGAGAGGCUGCAGAGCGAUAUCGACCGCCUGCACCGUGAGAAGCAAUUGUUGAAGAUGCGACAUGAUGAAACGGAAAAGGCCAAUGAAACCUUGAACGCCCGGAAUCAAUACUUGCAGGACCGAAACAGCAACUAUGAGCAGUCCCACGAAGCCAGUUUGCGGCAGUUGGCGAGGAAAGAGCGGCAAUUGGAAGACCUGCGUGAAGAGCUCAAUAGGGAGCGUGAGCGGACCGGCCGUGCAGAAGAACAGGCGCGAGCAGCGAGCAUGACCGAAGAACAGUGGCGAGAUCAAGCCAGCCAUGCCAAAGCUGUUGCACAGCAGAAGGAGUCAGAAUACGACGUGAUAGUCUCGUGUCGGAACAUGGACAACGACCGACAUCAAAGUGGUCUUGAUAAGAUCAAGGGCAGUUUCGAAACCUUGUUACGACAGCGAGAGGAGGACCUUGAAAAACAACGCAAACUCGAGAUCAUUGCGGAACAACAACGACAGACCAUUGCUCAACUGGAGGAGCUCACUAAGAAACUCAGCUCCAACUUCAAAACAUACAGAAACGAAAUCGAUUCGGCCGUCAGUGACCUCCGGAAAGGAGCCGAAGGGAACAACACUGCUAUGGCACAGAAGCUACAAGACAUGACUGAGACGACUGGUAGGAUGAAAUGGGUCAUGAACAUUGACGGCCUCUUCAAUGGCAACCCACGCGUUGAGCAAAUCAUGCCGCCUCCAGUAGAGGCGGCAUCGAAAGACAGCACCGGGGAGGUACCUCCCUCGCCAACCAAGUCGCCAGGACGAAGGCAUAAGCUGUUGAAACGGAAUACCAAGAGUGGACGAUAG